AUGUCUUUGACACUGAAGCUCUCCUCGUUGGUCAUCAGGACAUUAUCCAAACCAAUUGCUUCUCAAAUCAAAGCCCAGGCUCGCGAACAUGAGCGGUUCCGAAAGAUCUGCGUAUCCAUGGCUCAGGGCCUUCACCGAUUCGAUAUGCGUCUCAAGCUAGGUUCCCUCCGUGACAGUGCCGCCGCACAACGCCAAGCCGCUGCCGCAGCGGAAGCGCGAAAGCAUAAGCCCACAAACCCCACUGUUCUAAAUGCGGCCGACACGAAAGCUGCCGAGGAAGCAGAGGCCAAAGCCAAAGCUGCAGCUGAGGAGGCUGCGAAACCACAUCAUUAUCGUAUCCGGCCCUUGUCCGAGUCCAAAGCCAUCGAGUCCGGUGCCAACUUCAUCUCUGAAUCCUUCUUAUUCCUCGUUGCUGGAGGUCUGAUUCUCUUUGAGUCAUUCCGGUCACGGAAUAAGGAAAGCACACGACGAGAAGGUGUGGAAGGAAGACUGGCUGAGUUGGAACAAUCUGAACAGGCGACACGGGAAGCUCUUGUGGCACUAGAGAAGGAGGUGCUUCUGUUACGAGCGAAGCACGGCGACUUGCCCAAGCUGCCCUCACAGAGGAUUCUCUCUCGCGAAAUAUACGAGCAGACGCCAGAAUUAGAAGCGCCACCCGUUGCAGGGGGGUGGUUCUCCCGCAUUUCCUCUCUUAUCACUUUUACCCGAAGUGCUGAAAAUACAACCGAGUCUACAGCUGACACUCAGCCCACGAAGGAAAUGGCUGCUUCGACAAAUGGAAAAGAUGCAUCAGCUACUCCAGCAAGUCAGAGUCCACCAGCUGGGUCGAAAAGUGCAUGA